UUGGAAUCAAACAUAUUGUUGUUUGAUAAUACCAAUAUAAUUGAUAAUUAAUAGAAUAUAGACAACGCAGUGGUGUUUUUUUAGAUCUAUAAUGACGUUUAAGGAAAUUAAUGUAGAACAAGUUUAUCAAAACGAUAAUAAACUGAAGAAGCAAGACGUUUUAGCUUUGGCGGAAUGGAUGAAGAAGCAACCACACUUACCAAAAGCCACAGAAUUGCAACUCGCUAUUUUCCUCCAUAGCUCUAAUUACAGUAAUGAAAUGGCGAAGAAUGUUAUAGAGUCUUAUUUCACGAUGAAAACUUUAUGUCCUGACUUUUUAGGAUCCCGUACACUUCACGAUAAUGUAUUAAAAUUGGCUGUCAAUACUUAUGUAUUUUCUAUCCUUCCUAAGCAAGCACUUGGAGGAGAAACAGUAGUAAUAUCAAAACUUAUGGAUACUAAUUUAAGUAAUUUUACUGCAUUGGGUAUGUUAAAAUUAAUGGAUGUCGCUUUAGCUUUAUUUAUACACGAGAAUGGUCCACCAUGCGGUUUUCAGUUGGUUUUCGACAUGCAAAACUCUAGUCUUGCACAUUUCCUUAAAGUAAAUCCGAUGCUUAUAAAAAAGUUCAUCUACUAUUUACAGGAUGCAAUGCCAAUCAGAUUAAAACAUAUACAUUUCAUCAACCCCGCAUUUUUCCUAGAUAAAGUUUUUAGUUUAAUAAAGCCCACGAUGAAGAAAGAACUGUUUGAAUUGUUUGUAGUUCAUUCUGAUCUAAAAACACUUUUUGCUUAUAUUCCUCAAGAUAUUCUACCAAAAGACUAUGGUGGUAACUGCAAAUCUUUAUUAGAAUUUCAAGAACAAGAAAAACAAAAAAUAGAGGAUGGUGAGGCUUUUCUAAAAUUCCAAGAAUCUCAAGUUGUUGACGAAUCCAAAAGACAAGGACAAUCAAAGUAUAACGAGAGUCUCUUUGGUAUUGAUGGCAGCUUUAAAACACUGGAAUUUGAUUGAUGUUUAUAGUUUCGUAUUAUGAACUUUGGCGAAAGAAUAUUUGUACUUUUAUUUGGCAUUAUACUUUUGUUUCCUUUAA